AUGGGUGGAACCGAUCAAAUGGAUGAAAACAUAGCUCGCCAUAGAAUUGGAAUUCGAGGAAAAAAGUGGUGGUGGUCUUUAUUUACAUGGCUGAUUGAUGUUUCUAUAACCAAUUCAUGGAAACUUUAUGUUAAUUCUGGUCAUAAAGUUACUCAGUUAGAAUUUAGACGAAAUAUUGUUCAGGAAUAUCUAACACGUUUCAAAAACGCACCAAAAAGAAAAGGACGACCAAGUAGCACAUCAUCAAAAGUUCCAGAGGGUAUUCGUUUUGAUCGCCUUGACCAUCAUGUCAUACCAACAAUUGAUGGUAAAAGAAAAAGAUGUGCUGGAGCAAUGUGCACUUCUUCAGUUCGAACAAUGUGUUUUAAAUAUUUAACUACAGGUUUUAAAUUUGUCUCGCUUGGUUUAUAUUUUUGUCGAAGAGAGUCUACUCUUGGUCGCAUCAUAGCAGAGACAACCAAGAUAUUUUGGGAAAAGUUGAAUAAAGAUUGGAUGCAGAAACCAAAUAAAGCUCAAUGGAAACGAAUUUCACAACGUUUUAAGUCUUUAUGGAAUCUCUCAAAUUGUAUCGGUAGUUUAGAUGGUAAACAUAUUCGCAUCGAGAAACUGCCAAAUACUGAUUCGAGUAAUUUAAAUUACAAGGCAUAUCACUCAAUAGUGUUAUUAGGUUGCAGUGAUGCUGACGGCUUUUUUACUAUGAUAGAAACUGGAUAUGCUGGUAGGAACGACGAUGCAGGGAUAUUCCGAGCUUCAUCAAUGAAAUAUUGGCUAACUCGUGAUGAGGCUUUUCCAUUAUCGACAUAUUUGAUGAGACCCUACCCAAGACAAAAUCUUAACAACGUAAAAAGAGUAUUUAACUGUCGAAUAGGCCGUGGUAGAAAAACGAUCGAGUGUACAUUUGGAAUGAUGACAGAAAAAUUUAAAAUGUUAAGUGCUGCCAUUCGUUGCCAUAAUGUUGAUAAAGUUAUUGACAUUAUAAAAUCAUGUUGUAUUUUACACAAUUUUGUCCGAAAAAGAGAAGGAACUCAAUAUACAGCUCAACAUUUUGGAAAUGUCGAUCGUCGUAACAUUGUUGACCUUACUAAUGGCUUUACAUUAAGUGAAUGUACAGACACAGUAAAUGAUCACUCAACAAGCAUCGAUUCCAUGGCAAUAGAAUUCUUGUAUUUAAUUUUUGUGUUUAUUAAUUAAUAUUAUUUUUGACAUAUAGUCGAGAUUAUAUAUAGAACUCA